CUCUGGCCGGACAACAUAUAAAAAGGGCCCGAGGCCAGUCCGCCAGCCAGAGGAGCUAGGCGGCAGCGGCCAGUGAGGACAAUGACGGUGAGCUGCAGAAACUUCAUCACUCCCGAUGCUGCCCAACCCGAGGAUCCCCAGCGCAAACCGGGAUGCUUCGCCGCAAGGACAGUCACUGCGGAAAGGACCACUUUAAAGCCUUUCAGAUCAACCAAAGGAGCAUCCAAGGCUAGAAGAGACCACAUUAACACAGAAAUCAGGAACAUGCGAGCUUUGCUUCCCAUCUCCGAAGAAGAAAAGGAACAUCUGUCCUACCUGCACACCAUGUCCGUUGUCUGUGCCUACAUCAGAAAGUCUUUGCUAUGGCAAGGGAUUCAAAGGGAAAGUGAAGCAACAUCUCCAAUUCCACACGAAGACUUCCUACAAGCUCUUCCUGGUUUUGUUGUUGCUGUGUCAAGUGAGGGAAAACUGACGUAUAUCUCGGAUAACGUGACAGAAUAUCUUGGUAUCUCCAGGGUGGAUUUAUUGCAAAAUGAUAGUUUUUAUGACCUCAUUGAACAUACUGAUCAGGCAUCGGUAAAGGAAAAGCUUCAUUCAGAUUCUUCACUGGAAGGAGAAAUCUCUUUUGUGUGUCACAUGCACACUUCUAAGGCAUUCCGUAUGAAGCAUGGCAAUAACAGUUCAGUGCUGGUCCAGGGCAGGUUUCAAAACAUGUCUCUGGUCAUGAAUUCCAGUCCAGUUUUCAUUGCCCUGUGCACCCCUACUGUAAACCGGCUGCAAGAUUUCGAAACUUGUUUGUGGGUGAAUCAGUUCAAAACGCUUCAUCACCUGGAUAUGAAGUUUGCUGAAGUCCCUAAGAGUUUGUUUUGCCAUCUUGGAUAUUCUGCAGAAGAGCUCGCUGAUCAAUCUUGGUACCAUCUGCUUCAUCCUGAUGAUCUCAAAGUGGCUGUGAUCAAACAUAAAAUGCUGUUACAAAGGAAUGAAGUAUCAAAUGUUGAAAUGGUCGUCCGGCUCCACCACAAGGUUCGUGACUGGACCUGGGUCUACGUUAGAGCCCUCUAUGUGUCAGACAGCCAGUCAGUGGCAUGUACCACCUUCAUCAUUAGUGAAGCAGAGGCCUUGUUCCUGCGUCCAUAUAUUCACCCAGAAGAAGAGAACAGUUAUGUUUGUCAUAAUAUUUUGAAUCCAUCGAUCCAGAACAUUAGUCAAAGAUGCAGAGGGCAAGCAUUUGGUAUAAAGAGACACCAGGAUACAAGAAAUUCAGAUGAAGAGCCAAUGGCCAAAGUAAUCAGGAGCUCCUUGCCUAGCGUUUGCAUAUAUUCUCCUUUUGUGGACUCGUCGGAAAGAAGCUUUUCAAGUGACGUGCUGCAUGAGACACCUUUAUCCUGCACUCCACCCUACAGCCCUAGUUCAGACUGUUCUUCUUUCCAGUCCGAAGACAUUCAUUCAUCAUAUUUUUUAUAUCAAGAUUCCAUUGCAAAUUCUCAAGUUGAAGGUGACAGAUCGUUGGAAUCCUUCGAAAACCUACACUCUUACUACCCCGUUGAGGUUAACAAUGAGCCCCUGGUGGAGCCUGUUGACUUAGUGACUAUACAGCCUUCCUCUCUGGAAGAUGUACUGAGUACGGACAGUGCCUUGAUAUCCGAAAUAAACAGCGAAGGGGGGAGACAAUGUCGCUUAUUUCCGUAUGAUUUCUCAAAAAGUUCGGAUGAGGCUCAGCUUGUCCCCGACAGCAUUACUCUCCCAGAGAUGUCAGCUGGCGUAUCAGACUUUAAUUUUUACAUCGACCCUUUCAGCAUUCCUGAAAACUUUCAAGAAAGCACCGACUCUUACGCUUCAUACACCAAUACAGCAGUGUUUGUACCUCCUGCCGGUAUUCUGACUACAGAAGUGUCACCCGCAGAACAAAACUCAUUUCAGUACAGUGAGGAAGAACGGACGGAGAUCAGCCUUCUUGCGAGGCAAAUCUCUUCAUUAGCUUCAAGCUUUGAUAUAUAUAAGUUAAUGUUACCGGCUCUAAAGGAAAGUGCCACUUAUCUGUCGGUGAAUAUUACACCUCAGCUUCAACAUGCCUACAGCUCCCCCGGCUUGAUUACAUCUGCACCAGAUUCUGUACUGGACGACAGCGUGAUAAAGAGUAUAUUGAAAAAUCUUGAUACAGUGCCACAACUAAACACUGGCACAAUGUCGGCUGCCAUCUGCCCAGACGCUGAAUCUUCGCAUGCGACAUUCACCGACAAAACUCAAUUACACCAUACAACCUUGGAUAGCAGCACUGAAAGAUCUCGUAGUUUUUCAAUGGGGAUCCUGGAUACCAGUCUCGGACUGGGUGAAUUGUGCAGAGACCCCCCAGCAGGCGACUCCUGCGCGCUGAAGCCCUCGUGUGUGUGUUGUCCUAAUGAAUUGCAUCAACUAGAUGUCUACCUGAACAGUAACCAGGAGCGAGGUGACCUUGAUGAAGAUUUUACAUACUGAAAGAAGUAUGUUACUUUAUUCCUUUGGUAUGGCACAUUGUCAAAGUUCCCAGGGCAUCUCAUCUGAACAAAAGAGUUUGUUUGUUUGUUGUACGUACAGGAAUGGAAACUGAAGUCCUCUUUUAAUGUUGAUUUUGUUUUCCUCCAAAGCAUCGACUGUUUGUUGUUUCAUGUCCGCCUCUUUGCCUGAAAUCAUACUGUAUAUUGAAUACCUCCUUUUGUAUGAAAGGAUACUGUGAAAAUACUGGAGGGGAAGCAGUAAUUGUAUCCUACGCCAUCAUUGCUGUGACUCGUAUGUUGAUCAGCACUGUACUGUGUACACGUGACAAGACUACUACCUCUGCUGCGGGCAGUUUGUGUUUCGGAGUUAUAAAUGUAAAUAGUUGUAGUGUUUCGUACAUUUCUUCAUUGAAUUACCACUCUUAUACAAUGUAUAAUUUUAUUUAUCAGUCAUGAAAAAACAAAUGUGCAGCACUUAAACAGUUUUUAUAAAAUACUUAAAGGUGUUCAGGAAUCAAAGUAAAUCGACCGUGUGAAUUUUUGCAAAUGAAGAAAGACAAUUCUGUCCAUCAGACCCGCGGUAACGCAAAGCGUACUUCAGUUUGUGUAAAUGUACAGUAAAGUUAACAAGCCUCCCGCUUGCUUAUCUACUUGUAUAACUAACCAGUUCCUGUAUCUGUUGGCCAGAUGAAUCAAUGGUGUCGACGAAGUUUGACGAGAAUGUGAAAACCGUGGCGGUAAUACGUUCGUUUUCCAUUCAUUCAUUUUUUACACUGAUGAGAAACAGAACGACACUUCAGCUACGUGGUCCAAUUUCAAAGCAGUGAUUGCAAUGAGAGGAGGAAGAGGCCGGGAGCAGGCGCUGAUUACACGCAGCACCCCGAGAAGUGAAGCAAAGACGUCGCUGCUCAUUACAUCCCUAAGUGGGGCACAGAGUUGGGGAAAAACUACUUGAACAAAAGCAUGGCUCUCAGUUCUCCUUUCGUAUGUUUGUAAUGCAAACAACGGUUUUGUCAGAGACAAUUUAUUACGUAACGUAAAUAGGACGUUUUCAUUUCGGUACAGUGCUACACGUGACAGACACAGCUGAUCGUCUGUCAUUAAAGUGAGAAGACGUCUAGUGCUUCACCGUGAAUUGUCACUAAGGUGUGUGGACCCCCAUUACUGUGCACCCCGUAGCCCUUCUGUACUGAAGCUCCGCUUAGUGUUACUGUUAUUUGAAUGUAAAAUAGUAUUUUACUGUAAAGAUCCCACUAUUUUGUGAAA